AUGGAGGACACAAUGAUUGAAAAUACUGGCCAUCAGGAUGAACAGAUUGAUUUCACCGCGGAUGUUAAUUUGAAUGAGGUUGAAGAAGCCGACCCUAACGAUAGAAUUCCUGAUAUUAAUGACACAAGAUUUAUCUCUUUAGUUCGCAAUCAAACCCCCAAAACCCUAAACCAUGGCGCCGCCGGCCCCUUCCGCCGGCCCCGCCUCCUACUUCGCCGCCUGCUCUCUACGGUUACCGAAGCAGCGGCGGAGACACCUGCGCCCUCCGCCCCUGCCGCCGCCUCCGGUGUCGCUGCGCCCAACGCUGCCGCCGCCGCCGCCACGAAGCCGGCGAAGAAGGACCCGAGGCUGCUCUACCGUCGUCUGUCGGCGCUUGGAAUAGCUGGGGAGGGGAGCGUGUCGCGGGUGCUGAACAAGUGGGUGCGGGAGGGCGGGGCGGCGCGAAGCGAGGAGCUCGUCAAGCAUGUCAAGGAGCUCCGCAGGUACAAGCGCCACGCCCACGCCCUCGAGGUGAUGGAUUGGAUGGUCAAUGCAAGGGGUAUGAACAUGUCAAUCACUAACCAUGCAAUACGUCUGGAUCUCGUCUAUAAAGUGCGUGGCCUUGAGGCAGCUGAGAAUUAUUUUGCUAACCUCCCUGAUCCAGCCAAGAAUCAUCGAACUUAUGGUGCCCUUCUUAGUUGUUAUUGCUCAGCAAAAAUGGAAGAGAAAGCAACAGAUCUCUACCGCCAGAUGGAUGAACUUGGCAUCUGGUCCGGUACACUACCCAUCAAUAAUCUGAUGUCCCUUUACAUGAAGUUAGACCAGCAUAGGAAGGUUGAUAGUCUCUUUGAGGAGAUGAAAGUGAAGAAUGUUAAACCGGAUAACCUCACAUGCUGCAUUUUGAUGACCAGCUAUUCAGCAUCGAACAAGAUAGAUGCCAUUGAAGAACUUCUUAAAGAAAUGGUAGAAAAAGAUGUGACUCUUGGGUGGUCUGCAUAUAGCACACUUGCUUCUAUCUAUGUAAAUGCUGGACAGGUUGAAAAAGCAGAAUCUGCUCUGAAGAAACUCGAGGGGCUUAUUAGUGCUGAAGAUGGCAGGCAACCUUUUGAUUUCCUUAUGAGCCUAUAUGCUUCACUAGGCAAUUUGAGCGAGAUCAAUAGGGUAUGGGAUGUGAUAAAGGCCAAAUUCUCCAUGGUAACCAACAUAAGCUACCUCGGCAUGCUUCAUGCUCUUUACAAGCUCAAUGAUAUUGACCGCAUGAAGCAGAUUUAUAUGGAGUGGGAAUCUAAUUAUCAAACCUAUGAUGUAAGACUGACAAAUAUGAUGAUUCGUGGCCAUCUGAAGCUUAGCAUGAGCGAAGAAGCAGAAACGUUGAGGGAGAAGGCCAAGGAAAAAGGUGCGGAGUUUGACUCCAAAACAUGUGAGUUGUUUCUUGAUCACUACAUGGGCAAGGGGGACAUGAACUCGGCACUGAACUGGGUAGAGAACAUGACCAAACUCCCCAAGAAAGCAGGGAAGCUCGAUCAGGACAGGAUCUACAUGUUCCAGAAGUAUUUUGAAGAACACAAGGAUGCUGACAGUGCCGAGAGGUUCUGCAACUGCCUGAGGACGCUAGGGUGCAUUGACGGGAAAGCAUAUGAGUCCCUCUUGCGCACAUACUUGGCAGCUGGUAAGAAAAGCUGUUCGCUCCGUCAACAGAUAAAAAACGAUAAGAUUGAGAUCUGCUAUGACAUUGGGAAGCUACUCAAGAGGUUGGGCGACGGAAGAUGA